CGAUGGUGUCACUGCGAGUGCGACUUCCAGUACGCGCCGCAUCCUUGUUGCGUGCGGCCAAUUCAAUUAACUAAGUCCGUGUAAGCGGCUCGUAAUUGCUUUUCCCAUGGAUUACCAUGCAGCCCUUCCAUCCAAUAAUUUUUCAGCGAUUGCGCGUCGUCUUCUUCUGAAGCGACCACUGCCUCGUGAGGAUCCGCCUCCGCAUAUCCACUUCAUACCAUCCGCUGGAUACGAGCCAAAGGUAGAACAACAACAACAACAGCAUACUGCGAUCAUAGCAGCGCUUGCAGGAGACAAGAAAACAUCAAAUGAAGAGAACGCGAUUUUCAAUCCGAAGUUCGUGACUGGCACCAGCUCUGCUGGACAGAAUAAUGAUAUAAGACUUGUGGAAGUUGAAGAUGUGAAGCCACCAGUUAAUGCGGACUUUGGCUCAAAUGUUAUCAAAAAGGAAGACGGCAUUUUGAUGCAGAACGGUUCCUCAAAUGCAAAGUCAUCAUCAGGAUAUGACCCAUGGCUGUGCGCUCUCAUCAAAGAUAUCGCAGUCGAAAAGCUAGCAGAAGUAAAUUCGGACGAAUCAUGUCGUCCAGUCCUAGGAAAAAGAUCCAGAAUUAUGAUCAGACGAGUGCGGCUGUUCUUCGAGGAGCUCAAGAAGAUUCUCGGCAACGCUUGUGAGGGGACGAUUCUCACUCAAACCGUGGAGCUGACGGCUUGGGCUUGCGGCGUUAGUCCAGACGUAGUGACAAAAGUUGGCUCGCGAGACGAAUUUGUGUAUGAACUGCUGCCACGUGCGGAUCCGAAACCGGCUUUUACAAAAGAACAAAGGAUGCAGAAUACUCUGAUAAAAUAUGGUGGCAGAUGGGGAGACAUCGUUAGGGACUUGAUUGAGAACAAAUUGCCAAAAGACGGCAUGACCUUAAACGUUCUUUAUGCUGAGCUGAAACGUGCCUAUGUUGAUUUUCAAAUAUCUAGAUCAACAUUGCAUCGUUUCAUUAGAGCUUUGGGUUAUAAAUUGAAACAAUUCGGUGAAAUUUUGCAAAGGGCAUGGGGGCCUGAGAAGCUCAAAAAACUCGGAAGGUUGGCUGAUUUCCGUCCACACAACGAAAUUCUGCCGUCCCCACUUUUCGAAAGAAAUUCUGAGGCGUGA